AUGGCCAACUAUGGUCAGAGUGAUCCAUUCUGCCUGAGUCAGCGAGAAUUGGAAACGGAUAGAUUGAAUACUUUAAUAGAGACAGAUCUUAUUCUUCAACUUGAAGCUCAUCUCCUUGAGGUUGCUGUUCCAUCUUCUGGCCUUGCAUCUGCCUGUCCUCGUCUCCUCGGUCGGCUUGUGCGUAACCAUCCGCAAGGCCCAGUGCGUCAGGUCCCAGCAAUCUGGCUCAACGAGCUUUCUAAACGCACAGAUCGGCUGUGUUUAGCUCGCCGCCUCUGUUCUACUCGACAGCCAGACUUUUUACUUCAAUUAGUUAGGGCUCAAAGUAAGUCUUAG